CGGGUCGACGGCGAAGGAGGCUGCGUGACGUCGCUGAAACGAUCGAAAGCCUCGCGCCUGUUAUUGUUCCUGCUCCCGUGAGCCGCCUCAGGAAGCUUUUUCACACCUUGAAGGACACGGAAGGAGUGACAAAGCGGCGCGAGGCAGCGCGUAAAGGGCUGGCGUGGGAGGCUGCCGUUGAGAACGUUCGGUAGUUUAAAAAAAAGGGGGGGGUCAGGGUCGCUGAGCGUUUCGAAUCCUCUGCGGCGCGAGCCCUGACACCGAGGGGGCGGGGCAAACAGCGCUUCGUCACUGAGGAACGAGCAGCCGGAGAGGAAGAGGAGCCAGAGGCGUCGCGGGUUGGAAGGACAUGGCCUACGCGUAUCUCUUCAAGUAUAUCAUCAUUGGCGACACAGGUGUUGGAAAGUCAUGUUUAUUGCUGCAGUUUACAGACAAGAGAUUUCAACCAGUGCAUGACCUUACUAUAGGUGUAGAAUUUGGUGCUCGGAUGAUAACAAUUGAAGGGAAACAGAUAAAACUUCAGAUAUGGGAUACGGCUGGGCAAGAGUCUUUCCGUUCCAUCACAAGGUCAUACUACAGAGGGGCAGCAGGAGCUUUAUUAGUGUAUGAUAUUACAAGGAGGGACACUUUUAACCAUUUGACAACAUGGUUAGAAGAUGCUCGUCAGCAUUCCAAUUCCAACAUGGUCAUUAUGCUCAUUGGAAAUAAAAGUGAUUUAGAGUCCAGACGAGAAGUGAAAAAAGAAGAAGGUGAAGCAUUUGCACAAGAGCAUGGGCUUAUCUUUAUGGAGACAUCUGCCAAAACUGCUUGUAAUGUAGAAGAGGCAUUUAUUGAUACAGCAAAGGAAAUCUUCCAAAAAAUACAAGAAGGAGUCUUUGACAUUAAUAAUGAGGCAAACGGCAUUAAGAUCGGCCCUCAGCAUGCUGCUACUAGUGCAACACUUGCAGGCAAUCAGGGAGGACAACAAGCUGGUGGUGGCUGCUGUUGAACCUGUUUUUACUUAUUAGCUGCCUGAUGGGGCCUACUAACUUGUUUCACCCUCCCUCGCUCAAUUUCAGCUAUGACAUGAAAUUAUUGUAAGAAGGCAUCAUGUUGCGGAAGACUUUAUUCUUCAGAUUCUUGUACAACUUUGAAUAAAUGGUUAAUGUUCACUUAAAGACAGGUUUUGGAGAUUGUAUUCAUAUCUAUAUUUCCAUUUGAUUUCUAAGUCAAUUGAUGUGAUUAUUUUUGUUAAAUGUUGUCUUGUGCCCUUGACUACGAACUGUAUUAAACACUACAAAGUCAUCUGAGUAUUUUAAUCAGUUUGUGUAGUUAGGUUGCCCAACUAUUGUGGUUACCUAAUGUUUAAUAUUGUAGAACUGUCCUCAAGUUUUGUCACUUUUCAAGGCUCUAAAGAAAAACAGAAGGACUCUUAAAUCUGUAUUUAUCAUUUACUUUCUGUAUAUAUAGUUUAAUAACCUGCUUGGGUGUAUUUGCCAAGCUAUAAUUCUUUAAUGCAUUUGCAUAAAUCCUAUACUAUUUAGAGCUUGGAAGUAUGGAAGCAUUAUUAGAAAUUGCUUGGACGCUGAAUUUUAAACUUUAUUGACAUUGUUAGCAUGUUCAUCUUCUAGUCAUUACCCCAGAGUCCAAAAAAUGCUUUAUGUAUAUUAUUAUAAGCUUCAUAUGCAUUACCUAUUUUAAUGCCAAAUGUUUGCUAAUUGCUCACAAAUUCCACAGCUCCUCUUUAGAAAUGGAUUAGCUGUUUGCCUUAAUUAUGUAGGUUAAAACAUACUAUAAUGAUCAAAAAUACAGGAAGUAUUGAAACUCAUAAAAUGGCACAUUAUGAGGACUUUAAUCUUUCUAAAAACAUUUUAUUUGCCUCUUCCUUUCCAGGUAUGUUUUCAUUAAGGACAGUUUUUCAACUUAGCUGUACAGUGAUUGUGUAAAGUUUUUUCUUUUUUGGGUUUUUUAGUGAAAACUUGUAAUCUUAAUAUGGUAAGCAUCUUGUCUGUUGUGAAGGGGGUGUGACAAUAAAACUGCCAGAGUGAAAAUCCUGA